AUGGGUGGGCUGGAUCUCGCCGAUGAGGCACAAUUUGUGUCGAAACGGCCUUCCAAACGAUUUGCACAAGCGACAACUGUGCAGCACUGGCAGCUGCGCGAUCUGGUCCAUGCUGACGGGGAGCAUGGGGUCUUCUUCGUGCAGUCCAACCGCACCAUGCGAUACGACACAAAGAGUGGAAUUAGUGAGGCAGUGCAGCGGCUGGCGUUUGCUCCCACAGCCAUGACAGCCGGCUUUGGCUACCUGGCAGCAGGCGGCCAAAACAGCUCGCUGCAUGUGAUGGACAUGGCGACUGAGGAGUGCCUGCAUUGGGGGCCCAUCGGCGGCAGUGUCAUCAACGCCCUGCACUUUGGCCGGGACAAUCGAGGGCAGCUGCGGCUGUUUGUGAGCAACAAUGACCACACGGUGAAGAUUUUCGACCUGCCCAGCAUGCGGCUCAUGUCCACAAUCACCUGCCCGGUGGCCGUCAAUUACGCGGCGUUGUCUCCGGACGGCAAUUACCUUGCAUGCGUGGGGGACUCCGGCGCCACACACCUCUAUCGAGCCGCCCCGACAGGCUUUGUGGAGGACUAUGCGUUCAGCGAGUUCCGGGACUGCGGCAUCGCUUGCGCCUGGAAUCCCUCGGGCACAUGCAUCGCGUCCGGCAGCCAGGACGGCUACGUUGUCGUCUGGGAUGCGCGUGCUCACCGGAGGGUGGUGAAGCUGAGGACAGUGGCGGAGGGGCGGGUCUCGGGCGCGUGCCGGUGCAUCAAGUUUGGGGAGGGCCCCGUGGACCUCAUGGCCUUCGCCGAGCACUCCUCCCACUGCCACCUUGUCGACAGCCGCGCCUACCACGACCGCCAGGUGCUGAAGCUGGAUGCGAGUGAGGGGGAGUGUGCGGGGGAGGAGGCUGCCUGCAAUGUGUCGGGGCUGAGCUUCACUCCCUCGGGUCGGCGGCUGUAUGUGGGCCUGGAGGGAACACCUGACUAUGGCAUCGUGGCAUUUGAUGUGCAAAUGCUGUCCCGCCUGACUUUUGGCUCUGCGCAGCUCAACUGA